CAUUUGCUAUCAGCCCUACGUAUAUUUGAACAGUGACUGAGGCAAUUAACUGUACCAAACAUAGGGCACUCCUUUUAUUUCCUGCUCAUUUACGGUCAUUUUUUACUAAUGUAUUGGGUGUCUAGUUAAUAUGUUGUCUUGUGAAGUGUGGUAGUUUUUCCCACAAAAUGCGUGACGGGUGGGGGCUAGCUACAGAUGGGAAGGUUGUUUUCGGCAGUGAUGGUACCUCAACUUUGUACCAGAUAGAUCCAGAAUCUCAUCAGGUCAUGAGGAUGGUGCCUGUGAAAUAUCAAGAUAAUGACGUUAGGUAUCUUAAUGAACUUGAAUACAUAAACGGUGAAGUAUGGGCAAAUGCCUUCAAGACAGAUUGCAUCGCUAUAAUUUCCCCUGAUAGUGGCAUAGUGGUGGGUUGGGUUUUUCUUCAUGAGCUGAGGCAUCACUCACCGAAUUCAGGUAAUAUGGCUCAUGACGUUCUAAAUGGUAUAGCUUGGGAUGAAGACAACCACAGAUUGUUCGCUUCUUCGGCAGUCCCGGAGCUUUUUUGGUGAAUUUUCUCCAAACCCUG